UGUCGUCAUUUCCUGCAGUCAGCUCGAACACUUCCGGAAGAAGCGGAAGACAACAGUGGAAAGUCACAGCUCUUAAUGCUAACAUUUUUAAUAAGAAAACAGAAACAGACAUUGUGAUUUGAGUCGUUUGACAACCACAUACCUAAACUGUCGACAUGUUUUCCUUUCACGUAUUCGAGCACCCGCUGUCCCGGGGCUUUCAGAACCGCUUCUCCACUCAGUACCGCUGCUACUCGGUGUCCAUGCUGGCCGGUCCCAACGACCGCUCUGACGUGGAGAAAGGAGGCAAAAUAAUAAUGCCACCUUCAGCUCUCGACCAGCUAAGCAGGCUUAACAUCACCUAUCCAAUGCUGUUCAAGCUGACCAACAAGAACUCAGACAGAAUGACGCACUGUGGAGUACUGGAGUUUGUGGCAGACGAAGGAAUCUGCUACCUGCCACACUGGAUGAUGCAGAAUCUCCUGCUGGAGGAAGGAGGUCUGGUCCAAGUGGAAAGCGUUAACCUUAUGGUGGCCACUUACUCAAAGUUCCAGCCACAGAGCCCCGACUUCCUGGACAUUACAAACCCCAAGGCAGUACUGGAGAAUGCAUUGAGAAACUUUGCCUGCUUGACAACUGGUGAUGUCGUCGCUAUCAACUACAAUGAAAAGAUAUAUGAGCUGAGAGUAAUGGAGACCAAGCCAGAUAAAGCAGUGUCCAUCAUCGAGUGCGAUAUGAACGUGGAUUUUGAUGCUCCUUUGGGUUACAAAGAGCCUGAACGACGACCUCAGCACCAGGAAGAACCAACAGAGGAGGAAGCAGAUCCCACCAGCUACGCCGACAUGGAUCUGAGAUUCAGAGCUUUCACUGGCUCUGGAAAUCGUUUGGAUGGUAAAACAAAAGGGAUUGAGCCCAGCCCUGUCCCUCUUUGCCCAAGUGACAUGAAAAGAGGCAUUCCCAACUAUGAAUUCAAAGUUGGCAGGAUCACCUUCAUCAGAAACUCAAGGCCUCUGCCCAAGAAGUUUUUCGAUGAUGAUGAUGCCUUGAACAGAUUCAUCGCCUUCUCUGGAGAAGGACAGUCACUACGCAAAAAGGGAAGAAAGCCUUGAAGGAUUCCACGUGGAGAGACUGGCUAAUGUUUUCAGACUCACCAUAUCUAUUGUCACCUUCAACAGCAAAGUAAAGAACUGGUCUUCAAAUGCAUUGGGAUUUUGUCUCGCCGUCGCUUUGAAAUGGUUUUGCUGUUGAGUUGGGAUUAUAUGUAAUUAAUAUUUUGCUCAACAAAAGCUGAGCUCUGUAAAAUUCUUCCACAUGGAGUUUGUGGAAUAAAUAAUAAUAAAUUAUAUCACCACACCACAAACGCAAAGAAUAACUUGUGGAGUAUAGUUGUGAUAUUAGAUAAUUUCCCCCAUUUUUCCAUAAUUGUUGCAUUUUUACAAUUGACUUAAAAUAUACUGUUAUCCAGAGUCUGCUGAAAACAAUGUUUAUGGGUUUUUUUUGAGGAGUAGUUUGCAAUUUCUUCCCCCUUUUUUCUCUUUGUUUAUUUAUAGACAAUUAAAGGACAGUGUUUGAAAUGAAUAAAGUUUUGCUAACA